CCCCGCGCAAACGACCGUAAGGACCUUCUAGGGGCUUCCCGACAUUUUCUCAGCGGGGGUCGGGGGCUCAGUCCGCUCAUAAGCACUGUCUCUCUUCCAGUACUCUCUACCCAGUUUGCUUCUCGGCCAGUUUCUAGCUGUCGCUGCCCGAUUUCCCUGCGCUUCAGAAUCAGCCCCCUCUCCAGUCUGAACCCCAAGGAGACCCCCACCCCGGAUGUGACCCCGAGGAACACCUCCCCGCUGAGGCCGGGACUCUUGUGGACAGGCUCCUGAGCUGGAUCUCCAGAGGGUCUUCAUCCCUUCCCGGGCACUCGGAGUGGAAAAGAGAGGGAAUGAGGGGAGAAUCUUAUUUCAUUGGAAUGAGGAGCCCUGGGCAGCAAGGGUACAUCCCAGAAGAUGGAGGACUUUUCUUGCUCUGCUGCAUAGACAGAGACUGGGCUGUAACUCGGUGUUUUGCGGAGGAAGCUUUUCAAGCAAUCACUGACUUCAACGACCUCCCCAACUCGUUGUUUGCAUGCAACGUUCACCAAUCAGUGUUUGAAGGAGAAGAGAGCAAGGAAAAAUUUGAGGGUCUGUUUCGGACUUAUGAUGAAUGUGUGACGUUCCAGCUAUUUAAGAGUUUCAGACGUGUCCGAAUAAACUUCAGCAAUCCCAAAUCUGCAGCCCGAGCCAGGAUAGAGCUUCAUGAAACCCAGUUCAGAGGGAAAAAAUUAAAACUCUACUUUGCACAGGUUCAGACUCCAGAGACAGACGGAGACAAACUUCAUUUGGCUCCACCGCAGCCCGCCAAACAGUUUCUCAUCUCACCCCCUGCAUCUCCUCCCGUUGGCUGGCAGCCCAUCAGUGAUGCCACGCCAGUCCUCAACUACGACCUCCUCUAUGCCGUGGCCAAACUAGGACCAGGAGAGAAGUACGAACUCCAUGCAGGGACUGAGUCCACCCCAAGUGUCGUCGUGCACGUGUGUGACAGUGACACCGAGGAGGAGGAGGAUCCAAAGACUUCCCCAAAGCCAAAAAUCAUCCAAACCCGGCGUCCUGGCCUGCCACCUUCCGUGUCCAACUGAGCUCACCGCUCAGCCUCAACAUAAUAUCUGUCUCUUCUUUAUCAUGCUUUUUCCCCCCUGUUGUUUGUCGGGAAAAAAAAAAAAAAAGAAUUGCCUUUAAAUCCCUGGGUGUUUGGUUGUUUGAGAUUCCUUCCUUGUAAUCAAGCCUCUCGGACAAAAGGGCUAGGAAAAGGUAAUACGUUUCCUGAUCAUAUCAUAUUCAUAAAGUAUAAUCCAUUAUUUAGAAGGUUAUAGAGAAAAAAAGUAGUAUUUUCUUAAUAAACAAUCAGCACAGUCUAUAUCUCCAUUCUCUCAUGGUGAUCCAAGCCAGAGACAUCAGUUACAAAUAGCACCUAUGUUGUUUGUGAGCUGUUUCGGUCCCAGUCCUGAUGUGUAUGUGUUGUUUUUUUCCUGGCCACUUAAGUAGGACCAUAAGUAAACUUGACUGCAUGAGAUAUUCCUAUCUGGUCUCACUCAGUCCUCUGCAUCCCGACAUUCCCAGGACAUGCAUGAUCACCAGCAUUUAUUUUCAUGAUUUGAGGAGAUACUAUAACUCACAGAUUGUCAGCAUCCAGCCAUGUCCUAUUUAGAUUAGGAAAAUUAUCAGUGUCGUCCAGCUCAACAAGCCUGGGUAUAUUCACUAUUUCAAGUCAAUACUUCACAACUCUGUUAAAAUUCUUGAAGGCAAACCUGAGCUUGGCCCCAAAGAUACUCCUCAGUAGAUUUUGAACACCACUUCCAUAUAGGACUUUCCCAGCCUCACUGGGGAGGCUUGUCCAGGGUGAUAGAGACCGAUUUCAGACAAACCUAUUUAUUACAAAAGUUUCAUGGUGUCUGAACGAUUGUUUUUCUCUUUGUAUAUUUGUACAAAUGUUUCAGCUGUGCUUUUAAAAUCUGGAUGUUUUUUAUUUAGUGAUUGUUCAGCCAUUAGCUGCUUAAAAGCAUAAUAUGUGCAUUGCUUAUGAAUGCAUUCAUAUACUAAUACAGAUAAUCUGAUAAUAUUACGCUCUAUUAUGGAUAGUGCUGAAUUUUGAAAGAUCACAAAACUUCUCAUGCCAAUAUAUAAAUGAUUAGCCAACAUCUUUGCUAUCAAGAUUACGUGUUUUUAAAUAAAGUGAAGAUGCAAAUGUCAGUUGUAGACAAUUUGGAUGAACCUGAAUCUCCAGAACGUAGCAGCCACUGAGUAUAUCAAAAAGGAAAGGAUGACAGAUUAACGUAUGCUGAUCCUACUCAUGCAAUGCCCAUAUUGCUCAAAAACUUAUUAGUUUUCGUUACAUGUGAUUUUUCUAUUUCUCUAGCCCAAAGUGCAUUACAGAAGAUACACCUAUAGAACCAUUACCUUCUGCUAUAUGUGCCAUCUACUUCUGUACAUUAAUGAAUUACUUUAGAAGUAAACGCUAAUUACGACGGAGUGGGGAAAUACUUUCAUUACCCAAGCCUCAGAAAAACACCCAAGAACAAUAACACAGCCAACUGAUGGAAGGAUUAUUGUGGUUUUUGACUAAGGUGUAUGUUAGUUUUAUCAGAAACUUAGAUUGAUUACGCAGAAAUUAAAGUCCGUUCUACUGUGAAUAUAGCAAUAUAGUACUGGACACACUACAGGUGAAACUGAGGACAGCGUUGCCUGUAAAAUCCUGAGUUUCCAGAAGAAAAAUGAAGGUUUCUUUUAGUAAUAAAAUCUGAGGAGUUUAAUAAGCAAAUGCUUUGACUUUCCUUUGCUGUGGAGAUUUUUGGUUUUUCAUCGACAAAUGAAAGACUAGAUUAAUAGUGGAGAAAUAUUGCCCUCUAGUGGAAGAAAUGUUGCCCUCAGCCAUUGAGAUGAACGGAGACCAGCAGGUAUCAGCCAUUUUCUGCUGAAUCUGUCAUCUGAGAGUUAUUUAAUUUUUAAGCUAUUCAGAAUUUUAAGGAUGCAGGUUCUAAAGAAAUCUGGAUGAGAAAAUAUUUGGAAAUGAUUUUUAAAUGUUUUAAAACAGAUACAUCUGACAUUUCCGACCAAAUUUAGUAAAACUUGAAAUGACUGUUCUGUUUAGUCAUAAAAUAAAGAUUCAGCGGCGUGUACGACCUAAGUAUUUAGUCUUGGUGAAAUUUAAUGCAAAAUGGCAAUGUUAAUCUGUCUCAGAUUCAGUAAUUAUUUCAUUAAGUUGGAUUUUGGAGGGGGGAAAGAGGAACUUUUCCCAGGGGAGUGAUAAGAAGCAGGAAAACUCCUUGAAGUAUUUCACCGAAAGCUCCUAGCACUGUGAAUGUCAGAAUUGCCUCAGCAUUUCCAUGAUGCACAUUAUGCAAACCUCUUUAGCACUAUUUUAAGUUUGAAAAGUUUAAAUAUGGCGGGGAAUGGGGAGAUUUCCACCAACUGAAUCAUUUGUGCACGUGUAUAGCUCAAAGAGCUUAGACUUCAAAUAUAUCUGGUAAAUGAC